AUGGAGUCAAAUAAUCACUUCAACUACGGCACCCACGCCUCAGCAAACUCAGGACUGAAACUCUCCUCAGGGGAUUCUCUUUAUACUAAUGGGUCCUCCAUGAGUUUUCCUCAGCAGGGCAAGAAUAUGAACGGCGAAAUGAAUGUGAAUGGCGUCACUACUGUAAUCGGGUCCGGUGUGCCUGGUUCCCACCCACCAACAGCUCCUUACCCACACAUGAGCAACCAUCACCAGGGCAGCAUGGGCUACGACUACUUGUGGGGAGGACACCCUCAGUAUGGUCCAGCCAUGGGCACCUCUGCUGGGCACGGGAUGCAACAGAAGCAGCCUACACCUGGGAUGGGGCAGCCUCAGGCACAGCACCACUUCCAGGGUCAUGGACAGUACCAACUCAAUGGGGGUAUUGAAAGCUCCCAUCAACCCCCUGUGGCAGGCCCACCGAACAUGCCUCUUACUGGGAGUCAGUACUGGAACAGGAGUAACCCUGGCCCUCAGCAGAUAAGUUAUAAUUCCCACAGUAUGUACGGGAGCUACCAGAGUCAGGCACAUCCUGGAAUUACACCGUCACAGCAUCACCAGCAGCAGUCCAUACAACCGCCCCCGCAUCAACCGUCACAGCAGCACCUCCACUCCCAUCGUCACCCAGCCCAUCACCACCAACAGCACCAGCAACCACAGCAUUAUGGCAUGAUGCCUAAUGGGAUGCCCUACUACCAGCAUCAACCCCAGCACCCAUCCCUGCCAUCUCCCCAGCAGCAGCAGCAGCAGCCACCGCCUGCUCCACCACCACCACCACCACAGCAGCAGCAGUCUCAGGCCCAAGGCCAGGCUCAGUUGAUGCCCCCAGCUGCCCAGAAUUUUACUCCUCCACGUGGCAGUCCACAGCACCACAGUUUGGGCAGAGGAGGCACAGGCAGCCCUCUCCCUGUGGGGAUGUCCUCAGCGACAAUGUUGUCACCAUCAGCCGUGCAGGACAGUGGAUCACCCAAAGCCCACAACAGGGAACGGAGCCCCCAUGCUAGCAAUGUGGGACUAUCUACCGUCAUGCAAGGGCAUACGAGAGAAGCUGUCAAGGAAGUAGACACAAGCUAUAAUGGCAUGGAAAGGGCACCCGUAGCCCAGAGGCUCCCCAAAAGUGACACUUACCAACCCAAACCUGUGGGACCCCCAAGUGAUUAUCGUCAGCACCCUGAACAGCCAGCAGCUCAACGUCCAGAAAUGGCUUCCUCUGUCAGAGACUCUGCCAUGAAUACACCUCCCCAGUCUGUGUCAUCCCAGCUUUCUGCCUCAACACCUCCUCGGGCCUCUGCAGCUCCUGCUGUCUCUGAGUCUCCCACAUCUGCCCCUGGGCCCCCUAUAGUGUCAUCUAAUUUAGACUCUACUCCGCCACAAAUCUCAACACCUCCCAAUGUGUCCUCUGCUCCAUCUCAAGCUGCUGCUUCCAGACUUUCCUCACCUCCUCUAAUGAUGCAAGGCCUCAGGCCAGAGACAUCCCCUGCUGGAUCCAAGCAUCUGUCAGUGGGGUCCUCUUCUUGUUCCCUACCUGCAUCACCUUCAAAGUCACCUGCAACAGCUCCUUCAGUCUCCUCUCCUUCAUCUGAGGCUGCUCAUCAAGCCAAGCCUUUGUUGCCUCCGAUGGCUUCGAAACCUGCUAUAACUGUCCCCCCUCCAGCCCUUGUGCCCACAUCCUCAUACUCUACACCUACACCCAUCUCAUCGCUUCAACAGCUGGUUCAAGGGUCCAAGCCACCACUGAUGUCUGGAGCUCAGCAUGAAAAGCCCAGACCCCCAAAAUUAAUGUCUGCCACUCCAUCAGUGAGUGCAAAAUCCUCAUUCACUGGUGUAGCUCCACCUCUAAUGUCAGUAACAGGACCUUCGACCUCAACAUCACCCGGUUCUUGUUUAGCAACAUCUGCAUCGCCCAUGUCCAUUUCAAAAACCCCUUCAGUUGGCAGCAAACCAUGUGACCCAGUGCCCACAACCCAGCCUCAGAUAUACACUCUUCCAGCUGCUGACUCUGGUCUUUCCACUUCUUCAGCAGCAUCAUUACCACCAGGAGGGGUGAACCCGACCUCCUUAGCAGCCCAUGAAAAUCCUACAGUCCGACCUCUGUCUACCCUACCUCUUCAAACCACUCAAGCCUCCAGGACUGCACCCGUGUCCGCCCCUCCUGACUUGGUGUUUGUGCCUCCUUCAGUGGGUACGUCUUCUGGAGUGGUCCAAAGUUCAAACUCUGAACAGCCUCCUGCUAACACCACUACUCCUCAUGUGCUAAAGCAGUCGUCUCCCAAGCCAGAGCACCACGGUCACAGCGAGGAUAGGAAAGCGUUGGAUACUAAAAGAAAUGGAAAACCAGAGGAACACAUCCUUCAGCUUGAUUCCGGUAUGAGAAGGACAUCAGAGAAGGUUGAAGCUACUGAGACUAAUAAAUCUGAAAUACUCUCACUCAAAUCUCUUUCCGAUCUCCCUGGGAAACCCUCACAGAUCACAGCUGGUCCUGAUCAAAAGCCCAAGAAUAAACAGACAGAAGGCGGAGAAUCAGAGGACUCCAUGGUUGAGCAGACUCCGCUCAGGAAGUCUUCACAUCUCCACAGCACAAGGGUAGAGCACCUGACGGACGAAGAAAGUUUUGAUUCACAGUUUGAUGGCAAUUCAACGUUUGACACCCCCUCCAGAAUCAAUGUCAGCUCUGUCUUGGAAAAGUCCUCUUUUGUAGGCGAUGAUAGCUCAUGUGUAGAUGACUCCGCUCACUUUGACAGCAGCUUUCACCUGCGAAAGGACACUUCCCGGGUUGACAGCACUUCCCAUGCAGAAGAAGAAGAAGAGGAGGAAACAUCUACCGCGUUUGACACCACUAGAGAUAGCAGCUUUUCUGUGGAAGACUCCAGAGAUGACACGUUGGACUCCACCAGGGAAGGGGAAAUGUCUCAGGCAGAGGAGACCAAAGAGAGCUGCCAGAUCACAGGAGAAUCUAUUCUGGAGUCUUCUCUUAACAACACCUCUCAGAUGGAAGAGUGCUCUGUCGACUCAAGCGAUGUGUCCAACUCGCACUCAUUUGUGUCAUCUCAGCCAGGCCGCCAAGGACCUGAAGCACAGUGGGGACCAAGAGGACUCGAUACACCGGACUCGGCUGGACGCAUUAGCAUUAAGACCACUGUUAACGAGACAAUGACUCCGCCGAGUUUCAAAAUAAGAGAUGAGAACUUUAUCGCCUUCAGUACGCCAGCAGAGGGCCCUGCUGUACACCCACUCCAACCAGUAACUGAUCAGACUGUGCCAGCUGCUGGAGGGCAAACCCCAGGGAAACAACGCAAACCUCGAGCUCCAAAGGCAAUAUGGACGAAAACCCCAGCUCUGGAGGAGGCCCAACGGAAGCCUCGGGGUCGAACCCCUAAAGUGGAGAAGAUGAAGACCGAAGAAGAAGGAGCCAAUAAAGAGGAGGCAGUCAAGGGCAGGAAGAGGAAGAAGUCUGUCAGGGCGGACACAUCAGAUAUUUGUGGCGCACCCACAGUAGAGGUUGAUCCCAUCACAGCCACAAUCGAAGCCGUUCUGGCCAACACUUCAACUCUCAACACUUCAGCCGAGAAACCCAAGAAGGUGAAAAGGGUCAAGAAACAACACCAGGAAGGAAACGUGGUGAAAACACCCAAACAAGAUCCCGAAAAAACGGCAGAUGAUGCUGAUGAUAAUGAUGACGACAGCUCCACUGCAGGUGAAUCCAACAGACGGAGGGUUGCAACUGAAGAGCAGGUUCAGUUCCCACUGCAGCAUGGCUGGAGGAGGGAGAUUCGCGUGAGGAAAAUGGAGAACCGCAUGAAGGGCGAAACCUGGUAUUACACACCGUGUGGAAGGAGGAUGAAACAGUUCCCUGAAAUAAUCAAGUACUUGAACAGACACACAGACAGCGUGGUUACCAGAGAACAUUUCAGCUUCAGCCCACGCAUGCCUGUCGGAGAUUUUUAUGAAGAAAGAGAAAGUCCUGAGGGUAUGAAGUGGGUCCUCUUGGCCAAUGAGGAGGUUCCUUCCAUGAUCAUGGCCAUCACUGGCCGGCGAGGUCGACCUCCAAACCCUGAUAAGGAGAAACCCCGCAGGGUUCGUGCCUUGAAGGGAGGACCAGCCCGCCGUCCUGGGAGACCUCCCAAACCCAAGAUGAUUGACCUCCUUAGCAAAGUCGACGCCAAACUUUUGAAGCGACUAGAGGCCAAGGAAGCUCUCACGGAGGAGGAAAAGGAGAAACUUGCAAAAAUCAAAAAGAAAAUGAAGAGAAAGGCAAGAAUAAAGAGAAGGGAGGAUGCGAAGAUUAAGAAGAUGAAGGCAGAAAAAAAGAGGGCCAAGCUCGAGCAAGACGCCAAAGACCUAGAGUUGAAGGCUGAGCCGACGGACCCAACAGCCCCACAGGUCACGCAGCCAUCGUCUGCCGCAGAGCCCAAGAAGCCUGGCCGCAGGAGGUCAGUCAAGGUUGAGCCUCCUCCGCGAGUACAGCAGACUGAUGAGGAGAGGAUAGCCCAGGGUAAGAGGGUGCUGGGGGCUCGGAGUAAAGCCAAAGCUCUGGCUAAAGCCCAGGCGGAGGCAGAGGCGGCAGCUCAGGCCGCUCAGGCAGCUAAAAGGGCAGCAGAAAGGAGAGCACAGGCCCAGCGACGUCUGGAGGAGCGUAAGAGGCAACAACUGAUCGCAGAAGAACUGAAGAAGCCCACAGAGGACAUGUGUCUCACUGACCACAAACCCCUUCCAGAGCUGUCCCGCAUCCCUGGUUUGGUGCUUUCUGGCACAGCGUUCGCACAUUGCCUGGUUGUGGUUGAGUUCCUCCACGGCUAUGGAAAGGUGAUUGGUCUCAAUAUACCCAAGGACAUCCCCAGCCUUGGCACCCUGCAGGAGGGCCUCUUAGGCCUUGGCGACAGCCAAGGAGAAGUUCAGGACUUACUGAUAAAGCUGAUGGAGGCUGCACUCCAUGAUCCAGGCCUGCCAUCCUAUUAUCAGUCAGUAAAGAUCCUCGGGGAUAAGCUGGUCGAGUUGGAGCUGACUCGUUCCACAGUCUCAGAAGUACUUCGUAUCUUCCUGGAGUCUCACGGUUAUGAUACCGAAGUGUGCAACACAAUGAGGACCAAACCAUUUCACACCCUACCGCCUGACACCAAGGCCGCCAUCCUAGGUUUCCUGGUGGAAGAGCUCAACAGCAGCAACAUUGUGACAAGUGACAUCGACAACACAUUGGAAAACAUUACAACUUACAGGAAGAAUAAGUGGAUAAUUGAGGGGAAGUUGCGCAAACUGAAGGCGGCACUAGCGCGUCGUACAGGACGCUCUGAGGAAGAGCUAUGUUUCGAGGAGAGGAGGCGCAGCGCCAGGGUGGCUGAGGAAGAGAACCUCAGUAUGGAGGAGAGCGGCCUGGUUGUGGGGAGGGGCAAUCGGCGUGCACGCAAAGAAGAGCCCAAACUCAGUGACAAUGAGAGCCCUACCAAUGCCAGCAUUCCAGAGCUUGAAAGGCAGAUAGAUAAGCUAACCAAGCGCCAAGCAUUUUUCCGAAAAAAGCUGCUACAGACGACUCAUUCCAUGCGGGCCACAUUAUUAGGCCAGGACCGCUACCGACGCAGAUACUUGGCACUACCUCACCUCGGAGGAGUUCUGGUUGAGGGGCCAGAAGAGUUGUUGACCUCUGGAGACGUCCUUGUAGCUGAGGUUCCUGUCACCUUCCUCAAAAAGGAGCCGAAAGUUGAGGAGACUCCCAUGCCUACUACUCCUACUCUACCAUCCUCUCCUUCCUCUGCUAACCCUACCCAGCCCCAGACCUUAUCUCCAGAAGAGGACCCCCUCCCUGGCACUGCAUCCCUCAUGAGCAGGCCAAGAGGACGUGGAAGGCCACGAAAAAUCAAACCAGAAGUGGAGCUUCACCUCCGCACGGCAAAGAUACGCCGCCGCCGUCGAAGUAGCGUCAGGUCCGGGGGCGAAGACGGACCAGGAUCACCAAAUGGUGGCACACAUGACCUCACACAGGCUGCUUUCCACAGCUGGCUCAGCCAAUCUCAGGAAGCGGUGACCAACGGCACAUGCUCAGCGGCGGGGGAUGCUCCAGAGGGUAAUCGACCAGAGGAGAGCGUAAAGGAGAUGGCAGAGAAACAGGGGCAGUGGUUCAACCUGCUCCCAAAACAGCCAUGUGACGAGAACUCUCUGACCGAGCCCCAGACACCGACCUCUCCGAGCUCACCCCCUAAACUCCUUCCUCAGAUCCCAAGUGCUCUGCCCGCACUCGCUGCUCCAUUCAUGCAGCCGGACCCGCUCAUGCCUGCCGUGGCUCCUGCUGACCAAGCAACAACACAGGAAACUCCCCUCACCCCCCCUGCAGCUGCCGUUCCUGGUUGUACCCCACCAGCACCACCUCAGCUUUUUCCGGCUCCUGUUCCUCCUGCCACAACUGCUCCGACUACACCCGCCAGGCCAGGUCGCAGGCGGAGGAGAGGUAGCAGAGGCAGCAGUCCCGCCCGCAGAGGGGCAAGAGCCGCCGCGGCAGCCAAGCGCCGAGGCCGACCUCCGAACUCUGUGUUCCAAGAGCUCGAGCAGCAGUACUUCACACAACUGGUGGUCAAGCCCAUACCCGCAGCAAUGGUGCGUGGCUGGUGGUGGAUCAAGGAUCCAGAGGAACUCUAUAGUACCUUACAGGCCCUCCACCCAAGGGGUGUCAGGGAGAAGGUGCUGCAUAAGCAUUUGGCCAAACACAUGGAGAGCUUAGCUGAGAUGUGCACCAAACCUAUCGACGACCCGAUGUUUGAGGUGAAGGUAGAGGAGAAGGAUGUGCUACUGGAGGCUUUACAGCAGCCCUGGCAAGUGCAGGAGAAAACAAUGGAGACUGACAUCAGUGCCCUACAGUGGGUCGAGGACCUGGAGCAGCGAGUCAUCGGCGCCGACCUCCAUCUCAAAGCUCUUCCUCCGGGUGCAGUGAAUGAAGCUGAAUCUAACACAGACACACCGGUGGCAGAGUUUCAGCCCUACACAAUCCCAGAUCCAGACUCCACGCGCGAUGACCUCCAGUACUACGAGCACGACGUCGACCCGCACGAUGACUGGAUCGUGCGGACUAAGAAGGAGUGGUCUGGCCUGCCACGUAUCGCCACGCAUCCGGUGGACUUGGCCGUGCUGCGGUUGGCUAACCUUGAGCGUAACAUCGAGAGACGUUAUCUGAAGGAGCCGCUGUGGAAUCCGGCCGAAGUGAUGCGCCUCGCUCCUCUCACACCGACCCCGGGAGAAGAGCAUCCCAUGGAUGUCUUUAGUCUGGAGAGUGAGAUCACGUCUCGACUCCGAACGUGGCGACAGGCUCUGGAUCGCUGCCGCAGCGCUCCACAGGUCUGUCUGUGUUUGCUUCAGCUGGAGAAGGCCAUCGCUUGGGAGAGAUCUGUGACUAAAGUGACUUGCCAGGUCUGCAGGAAGGGCGACAAUGACGACUGCCUGUUGCUGUGUGACGGCUGUGAUCGUGGCUGCCACAUGUACUGCCUGAGGCCCAAAAUCACCCAGGUGCCAGAGGGAGACUGGUUUUGUCCUACCUGCGUUGCUGAGGAGGAAGGUGAAUCACCGCGCGCGUGCAAAAAGAGGACCAGGGUGAAAAAGAGACGAUAUGAAGACGACAGCUCCGAAGACGAGACGACAACCACGACGACAACCACAACGUCAUCGCGGCGUAGCGGUGGCAUGGCGACGCGGUACAAAGAGACCGUAGCUCCCUCCUCAUCUUCACGUAACUCUGGAGACGGAGGCGCCGCUAAACGUCGUCGCAUGACAACCCGCAACCAGCCUGACCUCACCUUCUGCGAGAUCAUUCUUAUGGAGAUGGAGGCUCAUGCCGAUGCCUGGCCCUUCCUUGAACCCGUCAACCCGCGACUGGUGCCGGGCUACCGUCGCAUCAUCAAGAACCCCAUGGACUUCCUCACCAUGAGAGAGAGGCUGCUACAGGGAGGGUACUGCAGCUGUGAGGAGUUCGCCGCGGACGCUCACCUUGUCUUCAACAACUGCGAGCUGUUUAAUGAGGACACAUCGGAGGUGGGAAUGGCCGGACACGCCAUGAGGCGCUUCUUUGAGAGCCGCUGGGCGGAGUUCUACUCAAAUAAGGACAAAUGAGGAGCCUACUACAUUACCCCUGAUGGUGGGGCUGUAUACUGUUGGUGCUGUCACCGUCCCAGUCACACUCCCUCCAUUACUGCUAAGACUGUCUGGAGGUUUUUCCAGCUAUGUGUAUUCUCUCAUGUAUAGGUAUAUAUGUAUAGAUUUUGGCUAUUUGUCUGUUAUUGUUUCCUCUACCGGCCUAAUCUUUUCCAGGCCCACAGCUGAACUGGCUUGAACUCGUACCCAUUCCCCAUCACAGAGAGCGACGACCGUGUCUCUCUUCACUUUUUUUUCCUUUCUCCUUUUUCAUGUCUCCUCAUCUUCACCUCGGCACCUCAUCUCCAGUUUGCGUUCUCCUGUCACGUCCUCUCUUUCACAACCCCCCCCCCUCACGCCCCAUGUCGUAGCAAGGCCUUUUUGGUCAAGUCCUGCUGUGGGGCGAUGACUCAGCCUCAGGCCCUGAGUGUUUUGGCUCUCAGACUCAUACUGAAGGUCAGGGACUGAUCACACUAUUGCAGCUUAAACCGCUGCAUUACUUGGACCUGCUUAGCACCGCUUGACUACAAAAAUGGAUCAAAACUCUUCACAGAGCUCGGGCCAUUUCUUACCUGUUCAAUGGAAACGUAAUGUAACGUGGUCUUAUGCCUAGAAGUAAUUUUUUUGCUCAAUAUAUUUUUAUUAUAUAUUCUAUAUAUAAAUAUAUAUAAAGAUUACAAUAGCUGGGAUUAUUUAAUAGCAAUAGCUUGUAGUGAAUGUGUACAGAUUACCUUAUAGAAAUGUCUAGACGAUUUAUGAAAAGGCCAGUUAAACUAAAAGGAAUCUGUUCUUGGACUGUCACGAGUAGACGUUGUAUAACCUCCACUUAAAGUCUUGCACGCACACAUACACACUUUCCACCAACACACAAACAUGCACAUGAUUUCACACACACCCACCUUCUGCUGCUGUGUGAAAGACACUGGUUUCAAAAACUGGAGGAAUUUUUUUUUUUUUUUUUUUCCCCAAAGCGUUGGUCAAGUCUGGGCUUAGACUCGUAUAUAUUUCACUGUCAAGAGUAAAUAACUCAGCUAGUUACUACGACUGAUCUGUGUCACAACAGAAACGAUGCUACCGCAUUGAAGGUUUCCUCUCAUAGUGUGAACUCUCCUCAAGACGCGUGGCGUUUCGCAGCUUCAAAGCAGUGUUCAAGCACUCAAGCCGUGCUGAAAACGACACUCACUCACGAUACUUCUGUUUGUCUGUAGCUCGUCUAACAAGGCGAAAAAAAACGAGUAAAGUUGGUUAUGCGCAAAGCUCAAAUCCUCCUAUUUUAAAGACUAGAAUUGCAAAGGAGCUUUGAUAAUGAGGUACUAGGCACAUUCCCGCCUGGUUUUCUGUCUUACAUUCCUUUUUAUUGUUUUUUGUUUGUUUGUUGUUGUGCUGUACAAGGGCCAAUGUACGAUUUCGCACGGCAUAGUUGGUGUGCUCUGAAGGCGACAGGAUGACUCCACAGUCUGGGUUUUAUUUAAACAUGUUUCUUACACUGAACUCAAAUCCGUUGAUAGGAAAAUAAACUUUGAUGUUCCCUUAUUACACGUCAAGGGACAGACGUUUUUUCAAAAAAGAAAAAAAAAAGACAUGAAAACCAAAUGUGGUGUCAAGUGAAUUUUUAAUAAUGUACAGUUUUGGUGACUUUAAAUUUGUUCCUUUAUAUUUUUAGGACCAAUUCAUCAUUUUUAAGAGGAGGUAUUACAAGACUCUGUUGUAUUAAGGUGAUGUAACACGUGUGCAUCUGUAGAAUGUACUGUGAGUUGAAUAAAAACCACAUCUAGUAGAAAGUA